AUGCGUAUUGUCCAUAUUCGAAUUUCCGUGUUGGAUGUGCAUUACUUGACGAAAAUGGGAAAUGGCGUAAACGUUGAGAAUUGCUCUUAUGGGGCAACAAUCUGUGCUGAACGCGCUGCCAUAAUAAAGGCUGUUAGUGAGGGUCAAAAAAAAUUUUUAGCGCUUGGAGUAUCGACCGAUGUUAACGAGUUUAAUUCUCCAUGUGGUAUGUGCAGACAAUUUCUAACCGAAUUCGUGCAUGACAACUUCCCCAUCUACCUCGUGAAACCGGAUCGCACAUACAAAAAGAUCACAUUUGAGAAAUUGAUGCCAGAUCCUUUUCGAUUAGAUUCGUCGUCUAUGGAAAAAAAAAUUAAUUAA